AUGGACAAGGACCUCAUUUCGGAACCAGAGGCGAAGCGACCAUGUGCGAGGCCUCAAGUGGAGACAGGGGCGAUCGACCAAGCUGGCUCGACAGCCGACGAACUUGAAGCCGUUGUUGCCAAGGCGCUUCGGGAGACAGCUGACUUCGAUGCAAAAGAGGCUGCACUGGCCGACUUCGAAGGUUUCAAGUUCACAGGAUCCUUGAGGCCAGGGCGUGUUUCGUCCCAGAUGCCGGUGCCAGAGGGCUGUCGUGGGCCGCUCCCCGACUACGCCCUACAUCGCAAGGGUCUACCGAGGUCCGAAUUCCUUCGAAGCAGGACGAAGACCAUCCCGGUUCUGCAGGGCGAAGACUUGGAGAAGAUGCGCCAGGUCUGCUUGCAGGGCCGAGAGGUCUUGGACCUGGCUUCCAGGAUGCUCAGACCUGGCAUCACGGGGGACGAGAUCGAUCGGGUGGUGUACGUUGCAUGUCGGGACCGAGGCCUUUACCCCAGCCCUUUGAACUACAUGGGUUUUCCAAAGUCCAUUUGCGUCUCAGUGAACGAGGUGAUCUGCCAUGGUAUCCCUGACAGCCGGCCCUUGGAGGAUGGAGACAUCGUAAAUCUGGAUGUCUCCGUAUGUCUGGAGGGUUUCCACGCGGACCUCAAUGAGACAUACUUCGUGGGCACCUGCGAUGAGGAGUCACACAAGCUGGUCAGAAGCAGCUACAAUGCCCUAAAGGCAGCGACCGCACUCAUUCGCCCGGGUCGGGAUCCAAGCCUUUCCUUGCCGCGUGGUGAUCUGACCGGUGCCAUGUUCAAGGGCUUCAGCAGCUCGGACGUCUCCGGACAGAACCAGGUAAAGAGCUCGGUCCAGCGUGGCAUCAAACAGAAGAUUCAGGAGCAAUAUCCGCGACUCGAAGGGGUGUUCAAGGACAUUUGGCCCAAGGAUGCCAACAUGGUGAUUGCCAAAUGCAAAGAUCACAUUUCCCUGGUCGUCAUUGAGAAGGUGCCCCUCUUUUGGCAAGAAAGGGAUGGCCCGUGGCUACCCACCAUUCGCUUGCUCCACAAAUACCCGUCGAUGAUGCCCAAGAUGCAGGUGGACAAGGGUGCCAUCAAAUUCGUGUUGCGUGGCGCCUCCAUCAUGUGUCCCGGGCUCACCUCCCCUGGUGGUGCCAUGGAGGACGUCCCCGAGGGUGCUUGUGUGCAGGUGACGGCAGAAGGGACGGAGCAUGCUUGUGCAGUGGGUAUUGCUACUAUGUCAACAGAAGCCAUCAGGAGCGUCAACAAAGGUAUUUGCAUUGACAAGAUUCAUUACUUGGACGAUGGCCUUUGGAAACUCUGCGAGCUGAACUGCACCUUGUACCGCCAGCUGGGGGCAGCCAUUGAGAAAGAGGCAGCUGAAAAUGGCUGCUCAGUGGUGACUGCCUUCUGCGGCCAUGGCGUGGGGCGUUUGUUUCACGGCCCGCCGGAUAUUCCACACUUCAAGAAGAACAAGGCUGUGGGUGUCAUGAAGCCCGGCCACGUCUUCACCGUUGAACCGAUGCUCAACUUGGGCACCAGCAAAAAGAGGCUUUGGCCUGACGGCUGGACCGCCGCCACGCGCGACGGACAGCGCUCCGCGCAGUUCGAGCACAGCUUUCUAGUCACCGAGGAGGGCUUUGAGGUGCUGACUUCACGAGAAAACGCCUCCAGGACAGAAAUGCCGGACUACGACGCAGCUUUCUUCCAACGAGGUUGA